UUAGGCUGGAAGAAGCGGUUGUAAAUUAGGUAGAAUUAGGAACCGACUGCUGUAAAUAGUUGAUAUACGUACCUCCCUAUGUGAGCAUCCUAUGUAAAUAUAUUUUCUUUAUAAAUGAAAGAAAUCCAAGAGAAAGGUAUUGAGACCAAAACUGACAUGGUAUCAGAGCUUCUAUUCUGAUUAUCAUUUCUCUAUGGUCUUAAUCCUUGAGAAUUUCUGAGUUGCGACAAUAAUUUUCUGUUUUCACACGGUAGUGAGUUUCUGAGUUUGUUGUGAGUGUUUUCUCGGUGCUUGUGGGGUUCCGCUUGUGGGUUUGUCCUCUUAGUGGCUGUCAGCAGCUGCAGGUGAUGUUUCUGCAACAAUAGACAGAAACUGUGUGGUGGUCGACCACAGAAACUGUGGUGGUUGACAGCAUUUGUGGGUGGCUUUGAGGCUAUCGGCAGGUUCUGUGUACAACUGUGUGGUGGUCGACCACACCUGUGUGGCUAUCGGCAGUGUUUACUUUCUGGGUCAUGUUUUUUUUGGGUCCUGCCGCAUUUUUUUUUUCUCUACCAUUGUUCACGGCAUCUUCAGGCUUCCUUUUCGUGGGCAAUUCUUUUCUUUCUUGUGAGUCUUUUUAUUUUUUGUGGGCCGUGCGUCUUUCCUCUUGACGUGAGUCUCUUUUACUCAAUGGGAGAGCAAAUAAAAAAUACGUGAGCCCAAUAGUGAAGAGCUUCUUGCAGUGAGUCUUUUUUUUUUUUAAUUAUUAUUAUUACUCCCGUGGGCUAAUUUCGAGUGGGAUUCUAUUACUUUGAGUGGAUCAUUUUGCGUUGGCCCAAUUAAUAUUCUUAUUAUCAGUUUGGGAACCUUGUGCUGCAAUACGUGAUUGUGUCCUCUUUUGGACUAAUAAUUUGUAUUGCAAAUUAUUUGCGUAGGUUUAUUUCAUUUGCAUUACGUGUUUGGGCCUCUCUUAUUGGGUUUAUUUUUUUUAUUCAUAGACUUUCAUAAUGUCUAUUGAAAAUACUAUUGUACGAUUUACUAGCAAAAAUUUUCCUACAUGGAAAUUUCAGUUUAAGAUAUUUUUGAAAGGGAAAGAAUUAUCAAAUCAUAUGAAUAGUUCUGUUCGAGUUCCCACUGAUGAUAAGGAAUUUGCCCAAUGGGAGGUCAAGGAUACUAAGGUGAUCUCCUGGCUGUGGGGAACGAUUGAGCCCCAUCUUGGUACCAAUCUUCGGUGUUUUACUACGGCUCAAGCUAUGUGGGAUUAUCUUCACCGUAUUUACCACCAAGAUCAUAGUGCUCGGAAGUUCUAAUUAGAGUUGGAAAUUAGUAAUUAUAGUCAAGGCAAUUUACUUAUCACACAAUUUUAUUCUAGUUUUAUUAACCUUUGGAGUGAGUAUUCUGCUAUUGCUCAUGCUGAGGUUCCCACUGUGGCUCUCGUGGCUCUUCAAACAGUUCAUGCUGAGAGUUAACGCGAUCAGUUUUUAAUGAAAUUUCGACCCGAAUUUGAGCCCGUUCGAGCUGGUUUAUUGAACCGUGAUCCAGUUCCUUCUUUAAACAUUUGUUUGGGAGAUUUGUUGCAUGAAGAACAACGGUUAUCCACUCAGAUGAGUAUGACUUCUGAGAAUGUCUUUUUCGAGACUGUGAAUGUAGCCUAUGCAGCACAAGGGAGAGGGAGGAACAAGUUGCAAUGUUUCAGUUGUAAAGAAUUUGGUCAUAUUACUCGCAACAAUUCUAAGAAAGUUUGUAACUACUGCAAGAAAGAGGGUCAUAUUAUUAAGGAUUGUCGAAUACGGCCUCAGAAUCGCCAAUCCCAAGCUUUUCAUACUGUUGUUCAGUCCUCUGCUUCUUCUUCUGCGCCGCCUACUAUAAGCUCUGAUUCAUCUUUUCUAACACCGGCAAUGGUCCAACAGAUAAUUGUGUCUGUUUUUAAGGCCUUAGGCCUGCAAGGUCUCCCUGGUGUUCGUAAGUAUAAAGGCUUGCAAAAUAUUCAGAUUGCUGAUGGCAAUACUCUUCCUAUUACUAUUGUUGGUAAUUUAGGCUCUUCAUUUUGUGAUUUUUUGUCUCUCCUGGAUUGUCUACCAAUUUAAUCUCUGUUGGGCAAUUGGUCGAUAAUAAUUGUGAUGUUCACUUCUCUCAUCGUGGUUGUUUUGUGUAGGAUCAGAUGUCGGGGAUGGUGAUCGCGAAGGGACCUAAAGUAGGACAUUUAUUUCCCUUACAGUUUUCUAUUCCUACUGUUGUUUUUCUUGCCUGUAUGGCUACUGUUAAUACUCAUGAAAUUUGGCAUAAGAAAUUAGGUCAUCCUAAUUCUGUUAUAUUGACUCAUCUUAUGAGACAUGGUUUUUUGGGCAAUAAAAACUCAUUUUCUUCUUCU